GGUCAUAUCCGCCCGUUUUAAACUCUGUUAUCUCUCUUUCGCAAAACUCGAGUUUUUGUUUAGUGCGUGGGUCUAAAUUUAUCCACAACAGAACUUUGUACUCGCAUCGAAAUCCGUUUAAGAGAUAUUGAUAAAAAUUAAAAAUAAAAUAGUCUUUCGAUUUUUCUGCCCUUUUACACAGAUCCGGUGUUAAUUGCGAGAUUGAACUCUGACCGAUGCGUUUUAUAUAUAAGAGAAAAAAAAAAUUAUGGUGUCUCAGACUUAUGAGUAAAUCCAUUUUGGGCGGACUGAGCAUGAAAUUGUAGAAUUUAAAAAUUAAUACAUUACGAAGAACUGCUUUUUGCUUAACAAAUUGUUUUUAUUGGAGACUGAAUAAUUUACCCACAUCUUUGUACCGCGCUUCACAAAAUGCCUCCCUUAUCUUGCACAAACGUUACGCAGACGGUUGCUGAACCUGCUGUAGCUGUGAAACGAGAGGAAGAUAACAGUGACGAUACAGCAGGUAGUUCUGAGCAAAUCCGAGAUUUUUGCGACGCCGAAGCGGAAUCCCAGGAUGCCAAUAGAAAAGGUGAAGUCAAUGGAGAUGUCACCUUGGAAACCGCAUCUCCCUCUUCCAGAGAAUCCUCUCCAGUCAAGAUCGUAUGGAGAAACGUCAUCUUGUUCGCCUACCUUCAUCUAGCAGCUUUGUAUGGACUGUACCUCAUGUUUGUCUCUGCCAAGUGGCAGACCAAUGUUUUCGCCUUCUUUUUGUACAUCACGUCCGGUUUGGGUGUUACUGCUGGAGCACACAGAUUGUGGUCUCAUCGAUCUUACAAAGCAAGACUUCCACUGAGAAUACUUCUGGCAUUUGUAUACACAAUUGCUUUCGAAAAUGACAUCUAUGAAUGGGCUCGAGAUCACAGAGUUCACCAUAAAUAUUCGGAAACUGACGCUGACCCACACAAUGCAAAACGAGGUUUCUUCUUCGCCCACAUUGGUUGGCUUUUAUGUCGAAAGCACCCCGAUGUUAUCAAGCGAGGAAAGGCCAUAGAUUUAAGUGACCUUAUGGCCGAUCCUGUUGUUAGAUUCCAUAGAAAACAUUACCUUAAAUUAGUGGUUCCUUGCUGUUUCGUGAUACCGACUCUCAUUCCAAUGUACUGCUGGAGAGAAACAUUCUUGAACUCAUUCUUGAUUGCUACCCUUUUCCGCUUGUGCUUCACCCUCAACCAGACGUGGCUGGUAAACAGCGCUGCCCACAUGUGGGGUACCCAGCCAUAUGAUAUCACCAUCAAUCCACGACAAAAUGCCCUAACUGUCUUGGGAGCUGUUGGCGAAGGAUUUCACAACUACCACCACACAUUUCCUUACGACUAUGCUACAAGUGAAUAUGGUAUAAAAUACAACUUAACAACAGCUUUUAUUAACACCAUGGCCUUUUUGGGUCUAGCUUAUGAUCUCAAGACUGCAUCGAAAGGAGCUAUCGAAGGUCGCAAAGCAAGAACCGGUGUAAACAGCGAGCUUUACAAGAAGCGUCAGCAAGAGGCUAAAGCUGUUAAAGAAAAUUUAAACAGCCUGAUUCUUAACAAGCAUCAGCAAGAAACUGAAGCUGUUAAAGAAGACUAAAUUUUGUUCCAGGGAUGAAAUGAACUGUGCCAUGGACACCAUGAAUUCAUUGUUUCUCCAUGUGAAUUUCUUUUGCUAAGUUUAAUAAACUGUUUUGUCUGUGUAACGUACAUAAAUGCAGAUGAUUCAAAAGAAGAGAUUUUUGUUAAUUUGUUUAGCUGUUACAGUGGCAGUGUCUGUACAAAAUGUUUCCCUAGAUUCUGUAGAAAAUUCAAACAAUUAAAUUUAAAAACCAAAUCAUUGAUCUUUGAAGAUUUCAGUAAGAAAUAUUAAGUUGAUGGAUGAUUUGUGGUAACUUCUAAAUAAACACUUUGUGCUGUAUCAGAUUAAAUCAUUCCUACGUAAUGUUUCUCCUUUUUGUUUCAAAGCUCUGGAAGUUACUUAAUUUCUAAAACUUUUUGAUUUUCUUCUGAUUCAGAAUAAAAGCAGAAACAUCUACGCUUAAUUCCAAAUAUAUAUUAUAAUUUAUGAAGACUACAAUUUUUAAUUUGAAACAGAAAAUAAAAUAAAAUUGCUGUUGAUAAUAAUGCAUUAAAAAUCGCUCGUUUAAUCUUUUAAGUACAUUAAUAAAAAAAUUUGUAGCAACAUAAUCGCAAAAAACUUUUACCGUUUUACUGUGCUGUGCACUUGAUUCAGAAAGCUAUAGUUGCCUCAUAUUUAUUUGUUAAUGUAUGUCAUUGUUUCUUAACUUGAUAAAAGUUGUUCGAGUUUCAUUGCAGCUGGCUGUAGAUUGUUUAUGUGAAAAGUUACAGAAGCAGUAAAUAUUGAUUAUAAUGAAAGCUUUAGAAGUUCUCUUUCAGCUACGUUUUAAUUCUUACAAAUAUAUUUUAUUCCUGGAAAAAAUGAAAAAAAGUGUGUUAACUUUUGAUUACAAGAAUCAUAUUUUGGAGAUCUUGUAUCUUUAGUUUUAGUUAUGUAAGUAUGUUUAAGUACUACAGGAAAUGUGAAAUGGAAAUUUGGAAGAAUAUAAAAUUUAUAAAUUAACAAAUAAAAGCUUUCUGUAACAAAA